AUGGAAGAAAAAAAUCUUGGUCAAUUCAUUGAAGAAGCUGCUGCGGUUGGCAUCGAUUUCGGCACCACAAAUACAUGUAUUUGCAUUUGGGACAAGGGACAAGUUAGUGCGGUGCAAAAUGCCGUUGGCGAAACUACAACAUCAAGUGUAGUUUCGUUCGGGGCGACUGGCUAUAGUGUCGGCGGCAAGGAUGCUAGCAAUGAUGACAUCGGUGAUGUCACCGAUUGCAGUGAAAUAUUCAACUUGAAACGAUUAUUGGGUGUUGAAUACAAGUCGACGGGAAGAAUUUUAAGAGGUUCACCGUUCGUUAUCGUUAAGGAUGCGCAACAUCGACAUAAAUACCAAGUCCAUUACAAAGGCGAGAAACGAUCGUUCUACCCCGAACAAAUAUCGGCGCUUAUACAUGUAUUACGCAAAGUGAAGAGCGAUGCUGAAAAUCGCCUAGGAAAGCUUAUCAAAAAGCUAGGGGCUUCACGCAAAAUUUUCAACCAUUGA